AUCACGUAUCGUGUUGUCCGGGUCUACUGCGUCACAUGUCGUGUUGUCCAGGUCUACUGCGUCACGUAUUAUGGCAGGUAAAUGCGCGCGGUUGCUACACGUUUUACGAGUAAAGACACGGUCUUAUGGCACGGUACACGCGCACGGUUGCUAUGCGUUUUACGAGUAAGGACACGUAUAAGAAGAACACCGCAUUAAACUAGUAAGUUUUGACGGGAAAUGGGUAUGGGAGCAGUAAAUUCUUGGUGAUGAUAUCAUUACUUAUCAUUAAUAAUUAUUACUUUUUUGGCUAAUGGUUAUUUCGAUAUGGGCGGCUUUGGUACUGUGUAGGCAUUGAACGCUAAGCCUUUCGUCCCAUAUUGCUGAGAUGCCAUCGAUCAAUCUAUGACACUUAUUUACAUAACCGACUUGUUGAUGACUGAUUUGAUUGUUUAGCUCAAUCUAUCAAUGUAACCGCGCUUUUGGCGUCGGUCGCUUGAAGAAGAAUGUGCUUGUAGUCUACGGAUACAGCGGGUAGAAUCGAUAUACGCUCUCGAAAAAGUUGUUGCACGCCUCUUAUUGAGCUGAGCAGGUCAAUGUAUCCAUAACCCUAACUCUACUAACCCUUAGGAUAUACUAAAUCGGGGGCUACUUGGAAUACUGUCCGUAUGCAUUACUAUAUGACUUCUGAAACGAACGACGUCAGAAUGCUAAGGAGAAAUCGUGACUUUUUCAAUACCCCUACCCUACCCCUGUGAGUUUAUUACUACCUUCAGACCCACCUUUCAGCACGCAUUUGAUGAGCUAUUCGAUAGCCCGUAUAGUCUGCUAAUCGAAAAGGUCAAUUUACCCGAACACUCGAUAUCGCACGAGUAGUUACAUUGAUUCGGAGAUAUAACAACACAAUGUCAGAGUUGUGAACAUCACUAUCUCUACGAGGUAUUGUGAGCUGGCUUAUCGAUAUCGUUUACGAGCUGAUACCCAGGAGCAUGGGCCGUUGAAUGGCUGUCUCUGCUGGAUUCUUCAGAAUGCGAGCUAAUGGUUUAACGUUUACAAAGUAAUGCAGCAAUUGUGGGUUUUCUGUCAGAGCUACUUUGCAUUGUUUGCUCAACUAAUGGAAGAAUGAAUGCCAAGUAGCUGGGAAUUCGCAGCGAGGGACUAUUAAUACUGCGGAAUCGCGACUCGGGUUUCGUUGCGUUGUUCUACCGUCCCAGUAAGAGCUUUCUCAGAGGAAGCGCAUUCAAGGGAUCACACAACAGGCUAGUGAGGAUUAUAUCGUCGCAUGAAAAGAUUUAAGACUCCGCAUACAAGGAGUUUGGCGUUGACUCUAGUGUGAGCUUCUCAUGCUCUGUGAAUAAGGAUCAAACAGCGCGCGAUGGAGUUCAGUGGAAGCGUGUCCUCAUGUUUAACGAUCAUCCUGUGUUUUACGGUACUGGCGGUCUUUGAUUGCGCAGAUUCUCAAAAACCAAAAUUUCUCAAGAAGCCGAAACUACGAUACGAAGCAACCGUCGGUGACUCCGUCAAAUUGAAAUGCUUGGUGACUGGUGUUAAUGACCCGUUAUUCAACCGGACCUACUCCGUUUGGUUCAGCUACCGCAACGGAAAGACUAAGAUUGUUGGCAAGCCCAGAAGAGGCGAGAAAUCCCGAUUUCGAAGCAUGAACGGCCACCAUCUGCGAAUCAAAAACGCGAGGGUGAAGGAUUCUGGGAAGUAUCUGUGCCAAGCGCAUAACUCGUUUGGAAUGAUCAACGCCAGUAUCACGCUUAUCGUUCAUCCUGGCUCUAAUGCGUCAGUGUACAAUACUGCAGCCCAUAUUAUAACGCCAUCACCCCCACCCCCAGUGAAAGUACAAGCUCCAGUCUUUCGUCGUAACAUCAAGGCACUGCGUAUCAGACUAGAAGAGGGUUCUCAACUCAAACUACGUUGCCAUGCCAACGGCAGCCCUCAGCCUAAGAUUCAGUGGCAUCAUAACGGUAAAAAGCUGAGAUCGAGGCGCCGUAAUCACGUUAUCCUACGAGGAUGGGUGCUGAACAUUAGAAGCCUGCGGCAGUCAGACAGCGGUCGUUACACGUGCAUUGUCAAGAACAAACAUGGGACUAUUAGAAGGACUUAUAUAGUGAGCCCGUUAAAAAGUCGGUCAACCGGCGAACCAGCACUAGAGCCCAGUAACGCUCCCAACGGCAUAGACAUCAACACGCAUCUACUAAAGAACAAGACCGCUGUCGAGGGCACCGACGUCACGUUCACGUGCAAAGCCGUCAGCGAAGUGCCUCUGAGCUUUAUCUGGCUCAGAUGGACGCCCCUGACAAAUGCGACUGAUGGUACCGCUGACCAGCCAGUGCGCAUUCUGAACGCCUCUGACCCGCGAGUGCGGUUAAUUCGCGAGUCUGCCGCGUACUGGAGCUUGGCCGAUAAGCGCGCCUCGUAUUGCCACAAGCUGAUGUUGCUGAACGUGACUAAGAGAGAUCAGGGCCAGUACUCGUGCGUUGUAGGCGGCGGGAAAGAAAUGGUCUCCUACAAUGUAUUCCUCACAGUCAAGCCGAAAGAACUGCGCGCUCAGGACAGCAUGUAUAAGAAUACUUCCUCACACGGCAAAUCCUAUGGCGAGUUUGAGAUUCCUCUAGCGGCAUUGAUAGCCGUGCCUGCAGCAUUCGGUGCCAUCCUGAUCGCUGUAAUUAUCUGGUGCUACGUACAGGUAGUGCGACAUCGUGCCAGACAGGCUGUCAAGGCUAAAAGUAUCUCCUUUGCGGUGGAUGAGAUGUACGGUCGACAGGUCUACAAGAAAAAGCCCUCCCUUGGUAUAACCGUCAACCGACUUGUGACACUAGAGGAGCUAUCUAAUGCCAGGAAUAAAGAAAGCGCGCUGGAGAUGGCGAUUCGCAACGGUGAUGUGCGUAAAGAGAACGGACACACGAUUCCACAAAAUAAGGAUAUUGUGAAGGACACUACGGGACUUAAUGGUGUGAUAUGUAACGGUGAUAAUUCUGAAUUACGAACGCAAAAUAAAUGCACUGAUGAGGUGGCUAGGACUGAACCGAACGGCUAUACGGACAACGAUAUGGACGGCUUGUCAGAUAUCAAACAUGUCCGGACUGCAGCAAGAUUUAAUACUUACGUCGAGCAUCGCCCCUUGAGUGACAAGAGGGUUGUGCUUAGUGACAAUCCUAGAGGAUGCCGGGAAGACAGGGAGAUCGACAGAAUUAGUGAGUGUAGCCCUCGGCAACAUUCGGGAGUGUGAUUUAAUGCCUAAAUGCAGGAGUACCGUUUUGGUAAAACUCGCAAGAAAGUCGAGGAAUUCAAAGUUUAUGUACUGCGGUUUGUGUACAUAAGAAAAACAUUCUCUUGUGGAUUUACAAAAUAUAACAUUAUAUAUUUAUUAUUGUGUAAAAAGAAGACUAUAUAUUGAGAAUUAUACAUACAGAAAUGGAUACGCUCAGUUUUGUAUUUUUGCCAUGUUGCAAUUAAAAGUUGUUCAAGUUUUA